AUGUCAGCCCAAUGUGUCCCUACGAAGCAGAUAUUAUAAAACCCGCCUCUUAUUAGGGUUUGUACGAUUUCCCAACUGCUGCUGCAUCAUCAGCCAGAGCCCUAAUCGUCUUCCCAAUUCUACCCCGCUGAACGAUCGAUCAUUCUGCAGCGAUGAUUAUCCCAGAGAAGAACAGGAGAGAGAUCUCGAAAUACCUCUUCCAAGAGGGUGUAUGCUAUGCGAAGAAGGAUUUCAACCUGGCCAAGCAUCCGGAAAUCGAUGUACCUAACUUGCAGGUGAUUAAGCUGAUGCAGAGCUUUAAGUCCAAGGAAUACGUGCGGGAGACCUUUGCCUGGAUGCAUUACUACUGGUAUUUGACCAAUGACGGCAUCGAGUUCCUCCGGACCUACCUCAACCUUCCUUCUGAGAUCGUCCCAGCUACUCUCAAGAAGUCUGCUAAGCCCCUAGGUCGACCCAUGGGAGGCCCACCAGGCGACCGCCCACGUGGACCACCAAGAUUCGAGGGUGACAGGCCAAGGUUUGGAGAUAGGGAUGGGUACAGGGGUGGCCCAAGAGGACCACCUGGUGAAUUUGGCGGCGAGAAGGGUGGAGCUCCGGCUGACUACCAGCCUGCUUUCAGGGGUUCUGGUGGAAGACCUGGCUUUGGGCGUGGAUCUGGCAGCUUUGGUGGAGCACCCCCAAGUUAGAACUUGUCCUAGACAUUCAUUUGCCAAGUUUCCAUAUAUUUUGCAUAUUAGCUUUUAGAUGUUGGAACUUGUGUGGAAGUCCUGAGGCUUGUAGUAUGAUGUCUUCUACAAAUUUGUUACUUCGAAUCUUAGUACUGGUUUCUCAAAUUGUUAUUACCAGAGCAAGAAUUAUAGUUUUGCAAUCUAUUUCUUUUAUUUUUAUUGCUGAUU